AGUGUCAAGAUUAAAGCUGAGGGUCCUAGCGUAAAGGUUGAAGACCGUAAACGGAAGACAUAUCGAUCUACUGGGAAGAAGAUUGUUUCGCAUGGUGUCGAUCCUGAAAGUGAGAAUGUACGAGCCAAUGGUGAAGAAAAAUAUGGACCUGAUGACUUUAUUUCAAUUCACACAAGGUCUACAACAUUAACUUUUCAUGAUUCAAUUCGACGAUUGAAUCAAGCUCAAUGCGCAGCUGUACGUGAUAUGGGGUUUGGUCACUUGCUUCAGCUUCGAGUGAAGGGCAUACCUUCAAAGCUUGCAUAUUGGGUGAUUGAUCACUUUGAUAGUGAUAAAUCAGAUUUCGAGUUGAUGUUAGAGCACAAGGUUAAGGUUACUGAAGAAGACAUUUUCAGAAUUUACGGUUUCCUGAGAGUACUUGAAAAAAUUGAAACGUUACGGAGUUCAGCAAAUAGUAAGUUGAUGGACGAGUGGAUUGCUUCAUUCAAUGUUGACGAUAAAGAAAAAAUAAAGAUCAAGUUGGUAAUAGCAAAAAUGCUUAAUGAGAUAGAUGGAGGUAUUUGGUUUAGAAGGAACUUCCGGUUAGUCAUGUCAUUUUGUUUGAUUGAAAGUGGGUCGAACGGAAUGGUUCCACCGUAUAUUCUUCAAGUGCUGGACGACGUAACCAUGGUGAGCAGAUUGAACUGGUGCGAAUAUACGUUGCGGGCAUUGAUAUAACAAAAGGAAAAAUGGUUAAAGAAUAAAAGAUCAACUUUCACAGAACCACUCCUAUUGCUAAUUGUAAGCUAACUCGUAUAAUUAGUUAUAUUUUUAUACUUGUAACAAUAACUAGUUAUACUUUUAUAAUUUGCUCAUGUUAACUCAUACCUAUUUUGUAUUUUUACAGUUGUUCUAUGUAGAUAGGCUGGAGUUCGAAAAGGACAAUAUUAAGCGAUCAAUUCCAGUUUUGUUGAACUGGAGCAGCAAUGAUCUAUAUAUAUGGUAUGACACUUUCGCAGAGAUGAAUUGAUAUGGUAUGCGUGAGUAAGUGUAUCUAACGUAUCCAUAUAUCAAAUCUUCCAUAAUAACAAAAGAUACGGUAGUGAUAUUUUAUGGAAACCUUCGGUUACGAAUAUAAGAAAAAUACAAACUUGCCCCCAUAAAU